GCCUGAAGACCUUUUAUAGAGAAAAGAACAUUGCACAACGCAAGAGUCUUGUUUUGCUAUCAGGAGGACGAUCGAGAUGAGGCUGCUAACACACAACAUGUUGUCGUCAAACGUGAAGGGCGUGACGAAUGGGUUCCCCCUCGGGAUCGAAGUGGAGAAAGUGGUGGAGAAGCAGGUGGAGCUAAGCGCCGACUUCCUCAUAAACAUCUUCUCCAAGAUUGAGUGGAAAGCCCUCGUCGACGCCUCACGCGCCGUCGGCUAUGCCGAGCUACCCGAUCAGGCCGACGCUUCCAUGCUGGACUCCGACGAAUUCCUCCGCAAGUUCCACCACGCCCUUCUGGAGCUUCACCUUGAGGAAGGCGCUCUCCUCUGCCCCGAGACCGGUCGCCGCUUCCCCGUCAACAAGGGCAUUCCCAAUAUGCUCCUUCACGAGGACGAGGUCUGAUUUCAUUUUAUUGGACUCAUUUAUAGUGCAUUUGCGCUAUUCAACUGAUUCACCGGUACCACCGCUUGUAUUAGGGUUUUUUUUUAUUUUUUUUUUAUUUUUUAUUUUAUAGAAUUAAGAGUUUUUGGGUGUGCAAGUAAAGUUAUGACAUGGUUUGAGCA